CCGUGAAAAAAACGGAUGAGUGGAAACUCACCUUUACGCUUUAUCAGUCAAUUGUUGCUAACUAACUUAUAUAUGGUCAGAUCAGGAUCAAGUGAAAGAGGUAAAAAGAACAAAAAAAGCUCUAAACAUCGUUCAAGAUCACGUAGUAUUUCUAGCGGAAGAACGAGAAGAAGUCGUCAUUCUCGCUCAAAAGAGAGACAAAGGUAUUUGUCUAAUUCUAGUGAUCGAUCACGAUCACACAGCAGUUCUAGUGAGAGAACUAAACAAAGCUAUUAUUCAAGAUCAAGAGACAGAAAGCAACAAAGAUCUCAUUCUCGUGAAAGGUACAAGUCUAGUUCUCAGGAUAGAAGGAGAAGAUCUACAUCUAAAGAGCGCAACAGUAAAAGAAACAGAAAUAUUGUUGAAAGUUCAAAAUGUCUUUCUAGCGAUGAUUCACUUUCAAAUGUAAAAAGUUCUGAAAAUAAAGUUAGUUUAAAAGAUAAAAUUAAAGAACUUACUGUUCGCAGUGAGCGAAAAAAUGAACAAAUUAUACCUACAUAUGAACAGAUAAUGAAAAUUGAAAAUGAUAGUUUUGUUCAAGAGACAUUUUCUUCUACAAAUUCAACUAUUCCACAGCAAACAACUAAAAAAAAGAAAAAAAAGAAACAGAAAAAUAUGGCACCAAUAGUUCAGAAUUUAGAUCAGCCUAAAUUACCAGUUAUUUCUCACGAAAAUGCUAUAUUUGGUAGCACUAUUGAGACUAUGCAUGUAUCACGUUUUAAUUCAAAACUUGUUGGAGAAAAAAAAGAAUUUCUAAAAAACAUUGAAAAUGAUGAUUUAAUAUUUGGCGCUAUGUUUUGUGAAACACCUGAAGUUAGAAUGAAAAGGUGGGUUGAAAAACUAACAUCUUUACGAAAAAUCUUCUCAGAAAAUGAAACAAAUUCAUAAUUUAAUUAAAGCUAAACUUUAAUAGUUUUUUUUAAUAUUCUUAUUUGUUGGAGUAUACAAUCAUUGGUUGUUUCUAUUUUUUCAGUUCCAUUAA